UAGGAAUUUCAGAUAUCUUUAUUUUUAACUAGGGGGAAUGGUCAAUCUAUCCUUCUACUGAAAUGACUAAUAUUUUGUUUUUUGAUGUAAGUACCCAAGUUGCACAAUUAAUUCAGCAACAUUUGUUUUCUGUAAAGGUUGAAACCUUUCCAUUCUACCUGCUCUCUGUGAAGGUCAUCCAGGCUCGACACAUACCUUCAAGAGACCUAUGGACUUCUUCUGAUUGUUAUGUGAGCCUUCGGCUGCCAUCAGCUUCAAAUAAACAAAUGAUGACGAAAGUAAUCUCAAACGCCAGUAAUCCUGUUUGGAAUGAAAGCUUCCAUUUCUUUAUACAGCCUGAGGUCAAGAAUGUGCUGGAACUGAAGCUCUACGAUGAAGACAUGGUCACCAAAGAUGAUCUCAUCUUCAUGGUUGCCUACGAUGUUGCUAAAGUGAGACCAGGGGAAACUAUUUGUGAAGACUUACUUUUGAACCGUCAGGGACCAGAGAGCCUUGAAGUAGAAUUCAAGAUGGAGAGCAUAUGUGGGGGCUUUGAGAGCAUUGCUACUAAUGGCAUCCUUACGGCCCGUGAGGUUUCACGUUUAGAUGUUAAGAUGGACAAGUGGAAGAAUGAGGAGUGUUUGAAAAACAAUAAAAAUAUUGAACUUGUGGUGAAGGAAUCCUUUGAAGAAGCACAGGCGAUCACCCAGGAGUCAGAAAGCUUCACAUUUCACUGUGUGAAGAACUGGGAGCCAAAACUGGAGGCCAGUAUGAAGAGUAAUUCCUUUGUGGGGAAAUGGCUUGGAGACGCUGCUACUGAUUGUCCAGGUGUGCUGCUGAAAUCCCUCCCUGCAGGAGAGGAAACAAAAGUAGCCUUGCCUUUAUCAAAGGAUGCAGAAUUGGAGCUGCAGCUCCAGGUCAAUGACUGUUUAGGAGAUUUAGAUGUGCGUUUGGGAUGUGAUCUCUGUGGGGCUGAGCAGGACUUCCUGUCUAAGCGCAAGAAUGUGGUUGCCAGUGCUCUAAAAAAGGUUCUUCUGCUGGAGCAGGAGCUGCAAGGACAUGAGGUCCCAGUGAUCGCUGUCAUGGCAACAGGAGGAGGAGCCAGAGCAAUGUCAGCUUUUUAUGGACACCUCUCUGCCCUUCAGAAGCUGAAUCUUCUAGACUGCGUGACAUACCUCUCUGGAGCAUCUGGCGCAACAUGGACAAUGAGAAGUUUGUAUGAAGAUGCUGACUGGUCUCAAAAGGACCUGAUGGGUCCAAUCCACAGAGCACAGGAAUAUAUUGCUAGGAGCAAGUCAAGUGCUUUCUCCUUGGAGGCCCUACAGCGCUAUGAUGUGGAGCUAAGGCAGAGAGCUCGAGAGGGGCACUCGGUUUAUUUUACUGAUGUAUGGUCCCUUAUAAUUGACCGCCUGUUCCAUGACGAGCAAAGUGAUAGCAAACUUUCUAGUCAGCAACAGGCUGUGACUCAGGGGCAGAAUCCAUUGCCUAUCUACCUGGCCCUCAAUGUCAAGAAAGACACCCAGAGCACUUGUGAAUUUAAAGAAUGGUGUGAAUUCUCCCCAUAUGAGGUUGGAUUUUCUAAGUACGGGGCCUUCAUUUGCCCAGAGGAUUUUGGAAGUGAUUUCUUCAUGGGACGACUAAUAAACAAGAGACCAGAGUCUCGGAUCUGCUAUUUGGAAGGCAUUUGGAGUAACAUAUUUUCCUUGAAUUUGAAGGAUGUUCACCACUUAUACAAAUCCUGGCAGUGGCCUUUCCCAGACCAAGAAAAGGAUGAAGCUUGUUUCAUUCCACCAAUGAACAGAUCCAGCAUCUUCAAUGGAAUUCUGACCAGUCGGCCAAUAGGAGAAAAGAAACCUAACUUUCUGAGAGGUCUCCAGCUACACAAGGACUAUUACCAACAUGAAACAUUCUCCAUGUGGCAAGACAGUAAAUUGGACCAGUGCCCCAACUCUCUUACACCUCAGGAAAAAGAGCUAUUCUUGGUUGAUGCUGGAUAUUUCAUCAAUACCAGUUGCCCUCCAUUGAUAAGAAAGGAAAGGAAUGUGGAUGUUAUCUUAUCACUCGACUACAAUCUGUUGGAGACCAGGUUUAAUUCUAUAGAACAGAUGGGCAACUACUGUUUGGACCAGGAUAUUCCUUUUCCUGAAAUUGCACUGACUGAAGAAGACAGGGAGAAUCCAAAGGAAUGCUACAUUUUUGAGGACAAAGAGAACCCAGAAGCUCCAAUCAUACUUCACUUCCCACUAGUGAACAACUCUUUUAGGGAGUAUAAAGAACCUGGAAUUAGGCGAACUUCUGCAGACACGGCUAAGGGAGAGGUGGAUUUUACUAGUUUAAACUCACCAUACAGAAUGACAAAUUUGACUUACACCGAGGAGGAAUUCAACAAACUUAUAAACCUGAGUGACUAUAACAUUCAAAAUAACAGGGAACUGAUUUUGCAAGCUUUGCAGACAGCAGUGGAAAGGAGAAAAGCCAGCAGGAAACAAAAACAGCUACAAUCAACAUGAAUCAAAUCAGGUGGGAUUUUUCAAUUCAGUCCCCAUUUUCAGUGAAUGGUGAACCUUCAUUGCUUUGCCAUGGCAUUUCACACUUUGAGAUGUAUAUUAUUAGGCCCGCCCUAAUACUGUGAUUGUAAGCAGUUUUAAAC